GAUUCUUCCAUGCAGCCUUUGUUUCUCUCUCAUCAUUUCCGUACAUUCUCAAUCCUAGUAAAAAAGGAAUUAAUCGGAUAAAGCCAAUCCCUUGCAGUAAAAUUGAUUGUUUACGGCUCCAUUUCAGCAGCCCCUUUUGAAAUUUAAAAUAUUGUUUGGUAGCUGAGAGUAGGUCAGCUCAGGAUCAUCGGUGGCGGUAUUUUCUUGAUUUUAAAUGUUGGAUGGCUUUGAAUGGAAGGGAAUAUUCAAAAAAUUUAGGUAGGCCUCCUUUGUCGCAUCGUAUUCUUAUUGCUUCGGGGAAAUUCAACGUGCAAUUUUUUGCUGAUUAGUAUAUUGAUUAUGCAUAUUUUUACUGUUAUUGUUACUAUAUGAUGUGGUGGAAGCAGGGGAUUUGGGAUUAUGUGAUUUGGUUUUAUCUGAAAUCAGAAAUGGUGAUAUAAGUGAACCAAAAUUCAAGGAAUUGGGAAUUCGGCACCUUUUCUUCAGAAGCAAUUCAUAUUUGCUGCGGCGGCAGAAGCUGCAAUUCGCACUCAAUCAUGGGUUUUAAGUGUUCAAUGUUUCUGGCAUAGAUUUUGAUCAGAUUUCUGCAGCAGCACGCGAUUCUCUUAGCAUAAAUGCCGGUAGAAGCAGCACAUGGGGCGUUGUUUUAGGCUUUGAUCGCAUUGAGAUUUUCGAGCUGGGGAAGAAAUGAAAGUUGAGAGGUUGGAUUUGGGGAGGAAGAAAGUGAUUGUGGGGAUAAGGUUGGAUGGUUAUGCUAAAGAGUUGCUGGAUUGGGCUGUGGUUAAAGUAGCCGAUCCAGGCGACUCCGUUGUGGCGAUUCAUGUUUGCAGGAAUUCAGGUUACAUUCCGAAGGAGAAAGUGUUGUUGGAUGGUUACUUGGAAGACUAUGAAGGUCUAUGCAACAAAAAGCAGGUUUCUCUCAGUGCUGAAGUCAUGAAAGGGAAUUCGAUCAGAAAAGCUCUGGUGAGAGAGGCGAAAACUCAUGGAGCAUCGACAGUUAUUGUGGGGAUAACGAGGAAUAGUGCGUUGGGGGGACGGGCUUCAAUUGCUAAGUAUUGUGCAAAGAAACUGCCUCUCACCAUUGAGGUUAUGGCGAUUCACAAUGGCAAGGUUGCCUUCAGCAGGUGCUCGAAAAUUUCAUUAGAAGGUGUGAGUCUAGACCCAAAGGCGAGUGCAUAUGGGAAUGACAGCUUGUCGACUAGAGACACUUAUUCCGAGUUUGGAGAGUCUGAGAUAUCAGAAAUGAGCAGGUUUAGCUUUGAUGCAAGAGAUGGGAACAUGAGCUCCAGAGAUGAUGCCAUGAGCCCUAUUGGGAGGCUUAAACGCGUCUCUCUAAGCUCGAUUUUUUCUCUCCCUGCUGAGCAGAGGCCGGGUUGGCCUCUACUUGAGACAGUUAGCUCAAGAGAUGAUUCUGUAAGCCCUAUUGGAAGGCUCCAACGAGGCUCCUUAAGCUCGAUUUCUCUCCCUGCAGAAGAUUUUACCAAGCAGAGGCCCGGUUGGCCUCUACUUCAGACAUCUAGCUCGGUGACUCAACUUGCAGUGGAGGCAAGAAAGAUGUCGGUUGUCCAAUGGGUGAUGACCCUGCCAAGCCGGCCUCUCUCUGAUGCCUCGUCUCAGUCUAGCUCGCCUAUGAGCUGCAACACCGAUGAUUCUCUUCAAGGGGAGAGCCCCAAGGUGGCUGAGAUCACUAGGUUUUGCAAGGAAGCCAGCCUGCUCGAGCUGCCUAAGGAUUUGGAACUCAUACUGAUGAGAAAUCAGGUUGGCUGCACAGUUUUCAGCCUCGAUUUUCUGAAGAUGUCCACUUCUGGUUUUUCCUCUGGAAAUCUUAUCGGAAGAGGAGGCUGCAACUCGGUGUUCAAGGGAGUUCUCCCUCAAGGCAAAGAAGUUGCUGUGAAGAUCAUGGAGUCUUCGAAGGAAGCGUGGAAGGAUUUCAUCCACGAGGUGGACAUAAUGACCACGUUGAAUCACACAAGAAUCGCACCUCUGCUUGGGAUCUGCGUGGAAGAUGAUGCCUUGAUCUCCGUUUAUGAUCUGAUGCCACGAGGAAACCUUGAAGAGAAUCUACAUGGUAGCAUUAGGGAAAAGGAAAACUCUGUGUUGCUGACAUGGGAAACGAGAUAUCGGAUAGCUAUUGGGAUCGCUGAAGCUUUAAACCACUUACACGACGAAUGCCUGAGGCCUGUCAUUCACAGAGACAUCAAGUCUUCGAAUAUUCUCCUAACUGAUGAAUUAGAACCACAGUUAUCCGACUUUGGCCUGGCGAUCUGGGGCCCCACAACGGCAUCCUGUCUGAUGGACAGCGAUGUAGUUGGAACCUUCGGGUAUCUAGCUCCCGAGUACUUCAUGUAUGGCAAGGUUAGUGACAAGAUUGACGUGUAUGCUUUCGGAGUAGUUCUGCUAGAACUGCUCUCUGGGAGGAAACCUAUUGGUUUGGAGACGAAGACGACCAACAGUCAAGAAAGCUUGAUCAUGUGGGCGAAACCUAGGCUAGAGAGCAAGGACUUGAGGAGUAUACUGGAUCAAAAUUUGGAAAACAUCGAUGAGGAUCAGAUGCAGAGGAUGGCUCUAGCAGCAGCUCUAUGCCUAACUCAAUCAUCACGCCUUCGCCCCAAAAUGCACCAGAUACUUAGCAUACUGAGAGGUGAUGAGUUUCUGGUUGGAGCUAGGCCAAAAUGUAGUGAUGAUGAUCAAGAAAAUGAGGAUGAAAACGACGACGAAGUUUAUCCGGAUUCAAGCGCAGAAUCACAUCUAUGCCUUGCAUUUCUUGAUGUAAAUGAGAACUCAACAUCAUUCAGCAGCAUUGAUCAGAGCAGCCCUCUCUCUGUUGAAGAGUACUUGAAGAAGAGAUGGAGUAGAUCAUCAAGUAUGGAUUAGUUUUUUGCAAGAUUUGUGGCAUUUUUUUUUUCUUUUUGCUUUUUUUUGGCUGUAGAUUUUGGAGGGGAAAAUGAGGAGGCAUGCACCCAAAAUAAUGAGGUGGGCUUGGUUUGCAGAUGGACUCAACAUUAUUUAUUUUUUUUCUUUUUUCUUUUUUCCUAGAUUUCUUGUUUAUUUUUGGUAGUUUGUUGGAGAAAGGAACUCUUGGGCCCUGAAUUAUUGGGUGUUGGAAAGGAUUGUGCUUCAAUAAUAAAAAGUGCAUUUUAUCA